GCGCCAAAAGUUAGUCAAAGUGUUUGUUGAAGUAAUUGAUGACAAAGUGUUUGAUUUUAAUUAAAUAUUUAUUGAAAACACUUUUCCGAUCGACAAUGUCUUCAACCAUUCAAACAGAGAUCAACUUCUCUGUCCGCAAAAGUGGCCGAAAGACUAAAAAAGUCAAUUAUAAUGAAAAAGAGAUCACAAAAUGUAUGAUCAAUGAGACCAUUGAAACAAAGACUGCAAAAACACCGAAAAGUAAAACUCCGGCGAAGACUAAGACAAAGAUUACGGCUAAACGACUAUCAAAUUGUGAUACUAUUGACAAUAAAGUGGAUGAAAAUAAAGAGAGUUUGGCUGUGAGUCCAACAAAAGUCAAGAAAACAUUACAUGAAAGUCAACCCAUUUCUGUCUUAUCAAAGACUAAGCAAUUUCUGAGUCCAUCAGUCGUCGACUCAGUCAUUGGCAGAGAUAAUGAGUGUACGCGAGUCCGACAACUGGUCACUUCACAUCUCACGUCUAAACAAGCGGUUAGUGUUUACAUAUCGGGUUCGGCCGGAACUGGAAAGACAUUGUCUGUGACUUAUGUUUUGGAUCAACUGAAGCAAACGUUUAACUUUAACUUAAUUACCAUUAAUUGUAUGACUUUUCGUAAUGCAAAUGCUAUUUAUAACAAAAUACUGAAUGAAUUGAAACAAAAAAGACAUUUAAAACAAAGCGAUUGUUUGCAAGCAAUCAAUGUUUUACUUACUGGCCGGUCAUCAGAUGAAAUGGUUGUCUUAGUUCUCGAUGAAAUCGACCAAUUGUUGGACAGUAAGGGUCACGAUGUGCUCAAUACUAUAUUCUUGUGGACAAAAUUGACCAAAAGUAGGCUAAUUCUCAUCGGAAUUGCCAACUCAUUAGACUUUACUUCAAGAGUAUUGUCGCGAAUCAAAGCAAUCGGUGUCAACAAUAUAGAAGAAUUACAUUUCAAACCAUACUCUACACAACAGAUUGUGGCCGUAAUUGAGAACCGAAUCCAAAGAGCGAGUGAUCAACAAAAUGUUGUCAUUACUCCUCUGGCCAUUCAAUUAUGCGCUCGAAAGAUAGGAACAGUUUCGGGUGAUAUUAGAAAGGCUUUGGAUGUUUGUCGACGAGCUCUUGAAUUGGUUCAAAAUACAGACAAACCGGUGAUUAAUUCAAAUAAUCCAUUAAAGCUAUCCAAUGAUGACGGCUUCAACAGUGGAUCCCCUAAGAAGACUGUCCAACACAAUGGAACCAAUUGUGUAGAUGUGCCGCAAAUUAUGGCAGUUUUGAAUCGAGUUUACGGACAGAAAUUUGAAACGGAAUCCAAACACAAAUUACCAUUUAAUCAACAAAUCAUUUUGUGUUCACUUUUAGUGAUCUUUAAACACAAAUCCAUCAAAGAAGUCAAACUAAGUGAAUGUCACCAUAUAUUUGGAAAUAUUUGCGCUAAACGUGGCAUCAAUUCUGACAUUAAAAGUGAAGGACAACUACUAAGUAUGUGUCAGCUCUUAGAAGAUUAUGGAUUAGUGGCCAUAAAGUCUUCUUGUGGUCAAAGUGUCAGAAACGCCAAAAUCUCUCUUAAAGUCGACGAAACAGAGAUCAGACAAGUUUUAAGUGACACACAAUUUCUUAACGCUAUUCUGAAUCAAUCGACUAAUUUUAUUUCAUAA